AUGCAAAGAGCUAACGCUAGUUGUACUAGGUGUGAUGCGGACCUGGAAGAUGUUGAUCAUAUCUUCCGACAGUGCCCGGAUUCACGCAGCCUAUGGUUACACUUUCGCCGAUCCUUACCAUCUCUGGAUAAUCACAUCUCGUUUGAUGCUUGGUUUCUUGGUCUGCUGCGUCACCGUGAGUGCACAUUGGGCGUGGCUGUGCUUUGGUGGAUGUGGAGGUGGCGGAAUCAUCGAGCCUUUGAUGGUAACCACUGGACACUAAAUCAGAUUCUGCGAAACAUCCUUCGAGAUGUUGCUCUUUGGAAGAAGGUAAUGUUGCAUCAACCUGCUCACCAUUCCAUCUCUGCUACAUCUUCCACUCCUAGCAUUACUACUGGUACUGUACGCCUUACGACGGAUGGAAGCUGGGAUCCUCUGCUUAAUCAAAUGGGAUGUGCGGCGGUUCUUUGGGCUGGUAAUGGGGACUGGCAAUCCGCUAUUUCUACGAGCGCGGGGCCUGGGAGUGCUUUUUUGGCAGAAAUUGCAGCGUUGGAGUUGGGCUUGAAACAUGCCCUGGAUUUAAGAAUCAGCAUUUUAGAGUGUUAUAGUGAUUGCCUGCACAUGGUGACGAUGUUACAAUCUGGUAGCGACACUAGUACUUAUUGGGCGAGGGAUAACAUUACUCGUAUUAGGAGCAUGAUGGCCAGGUUUUAG